AUGGCGCCUUUUUUGAGAUCGACGCUGGUUUUGGCGUCUCUCUGGAUAUCCUCUGCCUUCGCUGAGGAGCACGAAAUGCAGCAAUUCAGCUGGUACAAAGAUUACUACCCGCAGUCCGAUCAGUAUUGUUUUGAUGGCUGUCGGACUACCGUCAAAUCGAUCACUUUCACCCUGCCUGAUACACUAUCUGCCGAUGCAGACUGGCGUACUUUACAAUGCAGCAAUACACUGCAGAUCAUGUCAAUAUUCCACUGUGCUCAGGCCUACUGCACCUAUGAAGAGGCAAUCGCUGGUCGCAGCGCUUUGUUGCCAGAUUGUGAGAGAGUCGGAAUCUCCUUUCCUACCAUUGCACAAUACCUUCUCUCCGACACAGCACUGGCCGCUCUACCAAGGAUCAACUCCACUGCUGCUGCUGCGACUGCUGCGGCGCCGUUGAAUUCGACUGUAAUUCCGGAGAAGGAAUGGGCGGCAAUUGGGGAGCGUACAGACAGAUCGUUCUACGGAGCUUGGGACCUUGGAUUCACCUUCAGCUUCGCACUAAUCGGCUUCUGGGCCCUUGUCGUUCUUGUUGGAAUGGUACACCGAAUCUCUGAAAUGUUCAUGGCUCGCGAUGUUUCAUCGCAUACCCACAAGCGAGAAUCGAGUACCUGGCUGUGGCUUCGAAGGAAGCUUAUCCUCCCUGCAACCUUUGGGAAGCACUGUCAAGAAGCCACGGGAACAGGCACAAUCCCACCUCGAAUGGAAWCUGUCCUGCUGGUGAUCUACUUACUCAUGAACUUUGUGUUCUGCUUCCCGGGCUACGAUGUCUUCACUGGCAAUCUAUACUACGCUGGUAAAGAACUGCAGCUUAGUCGCUACAUUGGAGACCGCACCGGUUUCCUCUCGAUGGCUCAACUUCCCAUGGUCUGGCUUUUUGCUGCCCGCAACGACCCCUUUUUGUGGCUCACCGGAUGGUCUUAUGCCACAUAUAAUCGCUUCCAUCGAUGGAUUGCUAGAAUCUCGACGGUGCAUGCCAUUGUGCAUAGUAUUGCGUACUCGGUCUUUUCUCACUACAAUAGCACUCCCACUUACAACGACUACGCGAGUAGUUGGAAGCUCGAAUAUUGGUACACUGGAGGGAUUGCUACCAUCGUCAUGUCGCUCAUGAUGGGGGCUUCCGCUUAUUACUUCCGAGCUAGAUGCUACGACUUGUUCCUCGCCGUUCAUUUUUCGAUGGCUCUUAUCUUCAUAGUGUGCUUGUGGUACCAUAUCCGCAUCUUCAACGGCGAAUUUUCGUACUUUUACUGGCCAUGUAUUGCUAUCUGGAGUAUCGAUCGGCUGCUGCGUAUUGGUCGUACAGUCUAUGCCAGUGUCUUGCCACGGUUCGCUCAUGGCGUCAAAGCUACAGCAAGCUAUCACCCAACCACCGAGAUGGUACGCCUGGACAUCACCGACUUCUUCCCCGAAAAGGCAAUAGUCCCUGGGCAAUACUACUACAUGUACAUGCCUGGUGGACUUCGCGGCUACGAAAGCCAUCCAUUCACCAUGUGUUCGUGGCUUCGACCAGAUAUGUCCCCGCCUUCAUCCCCAACCGGAUCUUUUGCAAAGAAGGAAGUCGACCACCAUGCCCGCUCAAUGAGCUCGGACGACCUUCCAGACAACGAGGUGGCCCAUUCAUUUUUGAUUCGACCGUACUCCGGCAUGACAUCCCGACUCCAAAAGAAACUCAUAAACUCCGCAGACCAGAUUUCGGUUCAAGAAACUAUUUUCCUCGAGGGACCCUACGGCGACGCACUUGAUCUAUCCCACUACUCGGACGUCCUCGUUAUCUGUGGUGGCUCCGGGAUCACAUCCGCAAUCUCUCACUCCAACUUCCUCGUUUCAAAGAUCGGCUGUAUGACACGAGUUCAUAUCGUCUGGGCAGUACCUCAGCGUCAUCUUCCGGACGACAUCUGCGCGAAAGAACUGGCGACUGUGAUUCACAGCAAGAGAGUCAACAUGGCGGUGUAUCUCACAGGCGCGGCAGAAGAUGAAGCUCAGGAUCCAAAUAAGCUACCAAUCAACCCACCAUAUGAGAUACGGUUCGGAAGACCGCAUAUCGAGGGCGUGAUGAGGGAGUAUCGGCAAAUCAGUGCUCGCAACUUGGCCAUCGUUACGUGUGGAACACCACAAAUGGCGGAUGUCUGUCGAGCUGCGAUAGUCAACGUACUGGGAGAGGAUGGUGUUGAUGUCGGGUAUUACAAUGACAGCAUGGAAUGGUGA